GGGAUGUUGCUGCGUUGACACGAAGAAGACCGAGAGAGGGGGGGACGAAGGGCGAGUUGGUGGGUCGAAGCCGGACCAGAGCAGACGAGACGAGACGCGACGAGACUGGACGAAACGGACCGAAUCGCUCGAUUAGCGACGCCGGGGAGCUGCGACGGAGGGAGGAGAAAUCAUCUCUGCACUGCUCUGCUCGUUGCGGCUCUGAUCGAUCACAAUUGGAAGGAGCUGCCUCACCCUCUCGGAGAUUCAUCCAGCGAUUCAUCGGCCGAUCAGUAGAUUGUUCGAUCGCUUCGGACUGUUGCUAUGGCGACCAGUAGAUUGCAGGCUCUGUGGAACCAUCCAGCUGGCCCGAAAACAAUUCAUUUUUGGGCUCCUACAUUCAAGUGGGGGAUAUCCAUUGCCAACAUCGCAGACUUUUCCAAACCCACCGACGUGAUUUCGUAUCCUCAGCAAGUAGCUGUGACUGCAACUGGACUUAUUUGGUCUCGCUAUAGCAUGGUCAUCAACCCGAAAAAUUGGAACUUGUUCAGCGUGAACUGCCUGAUGGCUACGACAGGAAUGUAUCAAUUGUCUCGGAAACUUCAGAAUGAUUAUGGAGGUGAAAAGGCAGCAAUAGCAGAAGUGGUGGAGAAGAAUGUAGGUUGAAGCUUCACUCUGCAGCUUAUUGAGAUUGCGUAAAUCGGGACCUAAGUGAGGAAGUUUCCUCUCCUCAUUUUGGUAUAUUCUUGCAAAGUGGAGGGGUUGUGCUACUCGAUCCCCAAUUUACUCCCUAGUAUUCAACUGGGAGUUGAUAGAGAAGAGCCUUUCUUACUCAAUGUUUAUCAGAUACACCCAAAAAUGCACAUUUUGCCAUCGAAUAAUGUCGAAACUGGAAGACGUUGCUCCCAUACCUGUUGUAGAUGGGAAUCAACGCCAGCAAGUUUUUCUGCUGUUAGUGGUGAUCAUCAUCACCAUCAGGAGACGUGAUUCUGACUUGUCAAAUGUAAAUGUAAAGCUGACUUGAGUUUGUUACAUGGUUCCGCUCAUGCGGAAGAAGUAUGUCUGAGCAGAGUGGACUCGAAAAAAUUAUGACUGCAUAUAUAUACACUACAAACGAAAGGCAACUUGUGAAUAAACCUUAUCAACCAUAUCACU